CAACAACAGGGUGAGCAUCCCUGUGUGUUAGUUACUUCCUAAUCAUGGCCGAGUUUAGGGUCACCCUGGAGAACGUCAUGAACUGGACCUUUGACUACAACCUAACCGACAACGAAGGGAACUACUCCUAUGAGGAUUAUCUAUGUCCUCAGGCGGAGGGCAGCCCCAGGCAGUCCUUUCAGAGUGUCCUGGUGCCCUUUGUCCACCUGCUGAUCUUCCUGCUUGGUGGCCUGGGCAACCUUCUGGUGAUGGUCAUCCUGUGGCGCUACAGACGCUCCCGCACUUCCACAGAGCUCUUCCUGCUCCACUUUGCCCUGGCCAACCUGCUGCUGCUGCUCACCUUCCCCUUUGGCGUGGUGGAGAGCUUGGCGGGCUGGGUCUUCGGCCUCUUCCUCUGCAAGCUGCUGAGUGCUGCCAACCGGAUGAGCUUCUACAGCAGCAGCCUGCUGCUUGGCUGCAUCAGCGUGGACCGCUACCUGGCUGUGGUCUGCGCCCUGCAGACCUUCCAGAAGCAGCGUGGCUUCUCCAUCCACCUGACCUGCCUGGGCAUCUGGCUGCUUUCCUUUCUGCUGGCCGUGCCUGACCUACUCUUCACAGAGGUCUGGGCCCAAAGCCAUAACCUGAGUGUCUGCCACUUCAGGGAGUAUGGCACACAUGGCAUCAACUCCUGGCUGGCCAAGCGCUUCCUCUACCACCUGGUGGGCUUCUUCCUACCAUUCGGGGUCAUGUGCUAUUGCUACACAGCCAUUGUGAGACUCCUCUGCCAGUCCCAGCGGCUCCAGCGACAAAAAGCUGUGAAGGUGGCCAUUGCGGUCACAAGUGUCUUCCUGCUUUGCUGGACCCCUUACAAUGUGGUCAUCUUCUGGGACACACUUGCCAAGCUGGAGGUCACAGGGAAGUCCUGUACGCUUGAUCAGGGGCUGAGCAGUGCCAUUGUUGUGAGCGAGGUGCUUGCCUACAGCCACUGCUGCCUGAAUCCCAUCCUCUACGCCUUCGUGGGCAUCCGGUUCCGCCAUGACUUUUGUCGAAUCCUGCACGACGUGGGCUGUCUGAGUCAGGGGACCCUGCAGGAGAUUCUGGGCACCUGCAGAAUUGAGAGCAGCACAGAGACCAACAUCUCCAGUGUUCGGCACGGGGCCUCCUCCUACUCUGGAAAUGCUACGUCUUCUAGUCUGCCAGAUCGGUUCACUUCUCACAAAGACCCAAAUAGCCAAGAGUGUCAGGAGGAAGGCCUGGACCUGACAGGCCCAAAAUAGAGGCUAAGUCCCAUGUAUGUUCUCCGAUUGCUUAAACGCUGUUUCCCAGGAAGCUAUGAAUGGCUUGGCUGCUACCCCCAGCCUGCGAUUGUCCUGGUUUGGAGUGUGAUGUUCAGAGAUCACAUUUACUCGAAAGCAGGGCUAUGUCCUCCUUGCCUCCCUCCAGUGCAUGUUGCAUAUCUGGACCCCAGGCAUCCCUCCUCCCCACCGAAUGCAACUGGAAAUGGAGAGGAUAGAUCCAGCUCCAGGGCCUGGUUUGGGCUUUCUAAUCUUCAGCAGAGUCCCUUUUAAGCAACCAGAAGGAGAGUCCAAAGGAGUAUGGCAGCCUCUUUGGCCUCUAUAAAGCAAUGUCCAAGGGCAUGACCCGCCCCCAGAGACCCUUGCCAUGGUCAGUGCUGAUGUCACAAUCAACCCAGGCAUCUUGGAUUUGAGCAGGGAAUCCCACUGCCCAGGCCCUGACACAGGCCCUUUAACACCGGCUGCUUUUGCUUUUGUCUGCCCCAGGCAGGAUCUGUUUUGGGCAGGCUUUUCAGUUUGCAGCUUGUCUAUCUCCGUGCAGGCGAGGAUAUCCUCCAUGCCCUAAGGAAAUCAAGCCUCCUACAUCUCAUCAAACUUCCAAUGGCAUCUGUCUCAUCACCUGUGGGAGCCAAGCUUUCAACUGCUGUCUUUAGAAACCCCCCUUUGCUUUGCAACUGUGCUCCUCCCAGAGCUGCACCAUCAAGGGCCCAUUCAGACUUGGCUUUGCUAUGAUCAUGGAUCUGUAAAAAUCCCAGGAUUGUUUAACAAAAUUCCCAUUAAUUUUGUAUUUUUGCUGUAAAUAUUCCCCAUGGAGAAUGCAUGAAAUAGAUUGCAUUCCUUGUACUUUCCCUUGUGCAAAAUGAAGACAUCGCCAGCCUUCUCCCCUUCUCCUGCCAAUUGGCCCAAGGAAGGGGGCUCAGCAAGCAGCACAGGUGGGGGGGGGCCAUCCGUGGCAAGUGUAGCAUGCUCCCACCUCAAAUGAAGUCACCAUUGUCCUGAGAGCAACACAGGGCCCGGUGGGGGCCUCCAGUGUGAGUCAGACUAGGGAUAACUUGAGACAGGUCCAGGGUUGCCCUGAACUCCCUGGCAGGCUUGGAGGUCAUGCCCAGAUGGUAGACUGGGAUCCCCCAGCUGCCCCGCCCCUUUGGGAAAGGUGUGCUGGGGGAGGGGCUGUUGGGUCCAUUUCCUGGCCUCUUCCGACUAAAGUCACUAUAGGGUUGGACCACCAGCCCUCAGAGGCCCUUCACUCUGCUUGCAGAUGACCCAGCUGUCUUUCUUGAUCUGACCAGCCUCGGCCUUCCCUCCAUCCCCACAUGGGACUAUAUGCACAACAGGACCAAGAAUGGCUGCUCUGUAAUUGGCGUUGUGUGUGCUCUGCAAUUCUGCCUUGUGUCACAGAGCAGGAGAGGAACCCCUUCCCACCAAAUAACCCCCAGCCAGAAGGGUAGCAGAGGAGAUCCCAGCAGAGAUGCCGCACAACUUCCCCACUCCCGAGGGCAGAGCAGAAGGACUCUUCCUUCUGGUAAGCAGAAGCCCCAGCGGAGGAAGCAGAGGCAUUUUGCUCAGCUUGUAGCUGGUACAGCCCUCCCCCCCAACCCUUACUUAGGGCUAUGAGGGGGACAGGGCUUGGGGGCAUCAGGUGUGCCUGCUGGCUUUUCAGGGCCACUGGCACUCGGGAGCCCCUCCCCAAGGGAGUGCCAGAGAAUCUUUUUCCCCUCUGAAGCUUCUGCCAUGUUGAACUUGAGGGGUCCUAGGCGCUCUCCGAGCUGGGUGGUUUCCUUGCAGACGUUUCAUUACCCAAGUUAGGUAACUUCAUCAGUGCUAGAAGAGAGUGGGGCUUGCUCUCUGUUUAUGUUCCCAGUGGUGGUGGGAGUGGACUUGGUUCGGCUGUUUACUGCUUGCUGUUAGCUCAGAUGAAUUUACCUAGUUUGGGUAAUGAAACGUCUGCAAGGAAACCACCCAGCUCAGACAGCACCAAGAACUCCUCAUUUCAACCCUGAGUACAAACGUUCUCCUCUAUCAUGAAGUGUUAAAAAUCUAAAACAUUGACAUAUAAAGCAACCCUCUACCAACUGUAACAAGAAAACAUUUCACUGUACAGAACUACUUAAAAGAGCUGGGAAGGAGAGGAUGGGGGUGCUUCCAGCAAUCUGGGGGAAGAGCACCCCCAGUCAUGAUGGGAAGUCCUUCUCCAAUCUCGAGGGUGGCAAGGGUUCCAUCCAGUUGUCCAGUGCCAGUCCCUGCACCAGUAGAGAUAAAGACACCACAGAAAGCUCCUGGCAGAAGUUUUGAUUUUUUUUUAAUAAAAAGGCACCUAUAAAACAGGUCAAUACACAGCACAGAUACCCCAAAACAAGCCUAGAAAUCAUUUCAAAAUAAAAACCAGUAAGAUGUC